AUGGCAACGAUAAAUGUAGGUGAAGUGGGCGGAAUCAUUUGCAUUGCAUUCGCUUGCUUGCCCACUGAGUACAAGGGAAAGCAACAACAAAAAAGGGGAGAGGAAGCGAGGAGAGAAGGAAAAACAGCCGACAUUCAGAAGUGUGUCGUGAAAAGAGGGAAGAGCGACAACAACUGCAAAAAGCAGUAG